AGCCUUUCGAGCUAAUUAGCUCAGCAUACAACAAAGAUAAGUGAGCCUGGGAAGAGGGCCCCCUGAGGGGUCUUUAGAUUCUGGGAAAUGUCUGAUUGGCAGAUGUUAAAAGGGAUUCUUUGGUAAUCCAGUGCAUCAAUGAGCUGCACAAAUUCAGUCCAGGACUGCAAGAAUUCAGGCAUGAGGACACUGUGCAGGAGGCUCACACAGGCAGACCCAAGAUGGACAGAACCUUGGAAUCUCUGAGACACAUCAUUGCCCAAGUCUUGCCAAACAGAGACCCGGCUCUAGUCUUCAAAGACUUGAAUGUUGUGUCGAUGUUACAGGAAUUUUGGGAGAGCAAGCAGCAGCAGAAGGCUGCGUUCCCAAGUGAAGGUGUGGUGGUCUAUGAGUCGCUGCCGGCACCCGGGCCUCCCUUUGUGAGUUACGUGACCCUCCCAGGGGGAAGCUGUUUUGGCAACUUUCAGUGUUGCUUAAGUAGAGCUGAGGCCAGACGGGAUGCGGCUAAAGUGGCCUUAAUCAACUCCCUCUUCAAUGAGCUGCCCUCUCGCAGGAUCACCAAGGAAUUCAUUAUGGAAAGUGUGCAGGAAGCAGUAGCCUCCACCAGCGCCACGUUAGAUGACGCAGAUGACCCCAGCACCAGCAUCGGAGCCUAUCACUACAUGUUGGAGUCAAACAUGGGGAAGACCAUGCUGGAGUUUCAGGAGCUGAUGACCAUUUUCCAACUACUGCACUGGAAUGGAAGCCUAAAAGCCCUUCGUGAAACAAAGUGUUCCCGACAGGAAGUCAUCUCCUACUAUUCCCAGUAUUCCCUAGAUGAAAAGAUGCGCAGCCACAUGGCCCUGGACUGGAUCAUGAAGGAGCGGGAGACACCAGGAAUCCUCUCUCAAGAGCUGCGAAUGGCCCUGAGGCAGUUGGAAGAAGCCAGGAAAGCAGGACAAGAACUUCGGUUUUACAAAGAAAAGAAAGAAAUCCUGAGCUUAGCUCUGACUCAGAUCUACACUGAUCCUGACACUUCCUCACCCAGUGACGAUCAGCUGAGCCUCACAGCCCUGUGUGGCUACCACUAGCAAGGCCAGGUCCCGGUGCCCCCAGCAGUGGCAGAAGCUGGACAUUAGGGAGCGCAGUGAAGGAGGUCCCCAGAGGGUUUAGCCUCUGUAGCUACCACCGGAGGCCAUACUAAUCCUCCCUACCCACUCCAUUCACAGAAUGUGAG